GAUUAAACCAAUAAACCGCUUGUGUUGAGGUUAUCAAUCUCAAUCGUUUUCAUCUUAAGUUUAUUGCUACUAUCAAGUUAAUAUACGGCGCUUGUUCUAUAUUGACUCGAUAGUAAGUUUUAUUAAUGAACGCAUCUCGUUAUUAAUAACUACCCUCGAUGAACUGGAUAUACUCCUCGAUUGAGUAUUCGAGAGGAAGAUAGUUAAAGAUAUAACCGGGAUCGACGAAUAUUUCACUAAGUGGAUAACAGCAAAACCAAGUCCCCAUCUCAUUGAAUUAAACUCAUAUAGGUCGUUUAUCUUAGUGUUAUUAAACCAAAUAAAUCUAAACCCCCCUUGUUAUUAUUUAUAUAAAAGAAAAAUAUUCCUUUCCCUGUGGAUACGAACCUUACUACACUAUACUACGUAUUAGUGUUGUAUUGAUUAUUUAUUUUGAGUGCACCUAACGACUAGUGCACGUCAGAGCCCCAGAAAUUCAAGCAGGAAUAGAAGUCCCCUCCAACGAGCUCCUCAAAAUUGCCUUCAACAGAAUCAAGACCAAAACUGCUAAGAGGCUCAGAUCAGGGUGUGAAGAAGUCCAUUCAAAGAAGUCAAGAACAGAAUCAACCCUUAAUCCUCCCAGAAACAUACAAGAAGAAUUGGAAGCAGCUGCAUGUCCUCUCACCACCAUUAAUGAAGAAGCAGGGCCCUCCUCAAACUCGUCCAAUGAAAGCAACAGCUCUGCCAUCCCACUAUCUGUGCUCAUGCCCAAGAUAAGGCAUGAAGCUGAGCUACAUGGUCUACAACAAGAGCAGUCGGCUCAAACUAAGGAGCAUGCGGCUCAACUAGACGAGCAGGUGGCUCCUCCAUCUCCAGCAGUCAGCUCACCCAAACUAACACCUUUAGAGCACCUGGAUGCUGAUUUUGCAAGAGUAAAGGAGUGGAGGAAAUGGAAUCUAUCUCGCAUCCUAAAGCAGGCAGAAACCCUGCACAACUUCAUUGAUGAGGAAGACUUUGCUCUACAAUGGAUGGGUACUGAAGACCUUGCAGUUGCAACAAAACUUCAUCAUAUCAAUCAAGUCUACAGCAAUAGAAGGAGCCAACUGGUAGGCAAAUCAUCAGCUCCGAGUGAUGACCUGGAUGAUUCGGAUGAUGAUAAUGAUGAUGCUUCCAAGGGACCUCCAAGCAACAAAGGUAAACAGAUCAUCACCUCCUCUUCCUGUAGUGAUGAAAUUCUAGGAGGAAUACUGGCCAAAUCAACAAUGGAGACUCAUGGAUGUGGAGAAACCUCCAAGGUAAUGAAAGAAUCUAAAACUCACAAGGAAGCUCCAGAGCAGCCAACUGCCAUCUCACAGCAGGCAACUCCACUGCCAGACCCCAAUAACGAACCUCCUGAGCAACAACCGACUACAUCAGAGUACCUUAAAAUGAAAAUGCUCACAGAAGAUGCAGAAGAUACUCCUACAAUAGCAGAAGUCUUCAUUCAAGAACGGCGAGCAACAACAAAAUUCAUAAGCAACGCAGAAGUCAGCUGCCUCCCAACCGGCAGCAGAGCCCUCUGCCCAGGUACCCUCUC